CUCGCUCUGCAACUCACAGAGCCGCGCCAAGUGUCAACAACAAGCAGUAAGCACACAAGGCCACAGAGCAACACCUCGUUCCUCUCCUAUUCCCGUGGCCAUGGCGGCGACGCCUCCUUCCGCCGCCGCCGCGGGCGGGGCGCACACCGUGUUCGUCUACGGGAGCCUCAUGACGGACGAGGUGGUCAGCGCCAUCAUCAACCGCGUCCCGCCCUCCUCCCCCGCGCUCCUCCUCGACCACCAUAGGUUCAACGUCAAGGGCCGUAUUUAUCCAGCAAUCCUACCUGUUGAAAGCAAGAAAGUUGCUGGAAAGGUUAUCAUGGGUGUUACUGAUGCAGAACUCAUUCUGCUGGAUGCAUUUGAAGAUUUUGAGUAUGUAAGGAGAAGAGUUCAGAUAUCAUUAACCGACACUUCAGAGACAAUGCUUGCUGACACUUACGUAUGGAGUGAUGCAGAUGAUCCAGAUCUUUACGGUGAAUGGGAUUUCGAGGAGUGGAAGAAGCUGCACAUGAAAGAUUUCCUCACAAUGACACUUGGAUUCAUGAAUGGACUCGAAAGGCCUGAAUCGAAGACCCGGGUUGAGACCUACCAAUCGUUCAUGCAGGAUAUCAAAAAACCUGAAUAGAAUCCCCAAGUUGAGAGUUGAGAUCCACGAUCGUUCUUCAUGAAGAACUGAUUGGGUGUGUGCUUUAUUAGUGUAUCCUGAAAUAGCUCGUCUCCUCGAUUUGUGAAUAAGAUCUUUAUAGGAUCAUCCAUCGGUAAAACAAUUUAGCAUAUAUCUCUUUUGUGAGACCCCUGAUCCAAUAGUAAUGCAUGUCAGAAUAAAAUAUUUUCUGCGCGACU